GGCACCCGCGCCUGCGUGCGCUACGGCAUCAACCCGGAGCAGAUACAGGGUGAGGCCCUGUCCUACUACCUGGCGCGCCUGCUGGGCCUCCAGCGCCACGUGCCGCCACUGGCACUGGCCCGGGUGGAGGCUCGGGGCGCGCAGUGGGCGCAGGUGCAAGAGGAGCUCCGUGCUGCGCACUGGACCGAGGGUAGUGUGGUGAGCCUGACGCGCUGGCUGCCCAACCUCACCGACGUUGUGGUACCCGCGCCGUGGCGCUCGGAGGACGGCCAUCUGCGGCCCCUGCGCGCCGCGGGAGGCGUGCUAGCCAACCGCAGCCAGGCGGAGCUGGUGGACCUGGUGCAAUGGACCGACUUGAUCCUCUUCGACUACCUGACGGCCAACUUCGACCGGCUCGUCAGCAACCUCUUCAGCCUGCAGUGGGACCCGCGCGUCAUGCAGCGCGCCACCAGCAACCUGCACCGUGGUCCCGGCGGGGCACUGGUCUUUCUGGAUAACGAGGCGGGCUUGGUGCACGGCUAUCGGGUGGCGGGCAUGUGGGACAAGUACAAUGAGCCUUUGCUGCAGUCGGUGUGCGUGUUCCGCGAGCGGACUGCGCGGCGAGUGCUGGAGCUGCACCGCGGCCGGGACGCUGCCACUCGGCUACUGCGCCUCUACCGGCACCACGAGCCUCGCUUCCCCGAGCUGGCGGCGCUCGCCGACCCCCACGCUCAGCUGCUGCAGCGCCGCCUCGACUUCCUUGCCAAGCACAUUUUGCACUGUAAAGCCCUGCACGGCCGUCGACCUGGGACCUAGCAUCGCCGGGAGGAAGAAAGAGAGGAGACCCCUAACUGGGGAAUGGAUGGUGGGAGAAGGGCCGUCGUCUCCACCCCCCUCCCCCGACCCCCGCCUGGAGCUAGCUGGCCAACGCCCAGCUCGGUGGCCCGUGCGCGAAGGCGACGCAAAACUUCAGCCUCACCCACCUGCCCCUUUCUCUCUGUGCUGUGUUGUUUUCAAAGUUCGGGGAGGACCGACGCACGGACGGACCCAGGCGAGCAGUGUAACAUUCCGUCCACCCAGCCUGUAAGAGGAUUAGGCCCUGUGCCAGCUCGGAGUUUGGAUCCCAAGAAACUGGCUGCCGGAGUUUGGCCCCCCGGGUGGCGUCUCUGUGGGAGAUGCAUCCCAUUCGCGGGCCACCCAGCUCCCUUUCCGAAAAAGGAAAACUUCUGUUGAGCCGUUGAGCUAAUUCUGCGGUUUCCUACCAAACGCAGUGCUGGUGGCCCCAGUAAGGACUGUGACAUUGCCUGGUGCAGCCCCCUUCCUGUGCGUUCCCUUUGUUCCAGCUGGGUGAUGGUGAGAUCGCUGUUAAGAGCUGGGGGAAGUCUGCGGGUAGGACAAAGAGAGCGGGACCUCCGGGACCCUGGGGUCCCCGCACACCCUGGGCUGUCUGACUUGUUCCCUACUGCUUUGUCAUUUUGGCCUAAAGGCUUCAAAAAGCAAGGCAGGCUCUAUGCACUGAGUCAAAAAUGAAUUUCUUCUUCCUGUUCCUCCUAACCGACCAAAAUUUUGACAGUGUCGAUGUCCUCCAGAAGGGAAAAGAAAUCCCUUUCGUGCACUUUACUUUGUUCUUAUUUUAAUUUUUUAUUCAGAAAAAAACUUUUAUUUGACAGAAUUUGCCUUCUAUGUAUAUAUGUGCAUAAAGUGUGGUGUAAAUAUACUAAACAAACUUAUAUUUCAAUAAAAGGGAAUUUAAAAUUUAGAA